AUGGAGCCGCCUCCCAUCCCAACCUUUAAUGCAGCCUCUCCCUUCGCGACACUGGCAACUCUGGACCCAAAUGUCUCCCAUACCUUCAUCGCCCCAACCAAGGAGAUCAAUGAGGGCCCAGAUGUGUCUAGGUUCCUCGUGUCCACAGCCUACAGAGACAUUGGCAUAUUCGUCUUACAGCUGAACAGGGCUUUGUGUCCCAGGAAGGUCAAUGCAGAGGAUGGAAAGGAAAGAACAUACACAUUCGAGCUUGGCUCAAAACUCGCAACCCAACCAGCAGAAUCUGUAAAGAAGAUACAGCACAUCUUGUCAAAAGUGGAGUCGUACAUUGACGAAGCACCUCCAGACAAGGGCCCCAGAAGGUUUGGAAACGUGAGCUUCCGCAAAUGGUACAGCCUCCUCGAGGAAAGAAUAUCACAUCUUUUGGAAGAAAACCUGCCGGAGUCCGUGUUGAAAUUUCCGUCUUCCCAAAAUGGGGGCGGUGCCACAGCGGAGGAUGAGCUCAAAGCAUAUCUUUUAGGUGCCUUUGGGAGCGCCCAGAGACUGGAUUACGGCACUGGCCACGAGCUCAGUUUUCUUGCUUUCCUCAUUAGCCUGUGGAAGCUUGGGGCAUUUAAGGAUGGUCAGCCCAACGGCGAUAUUGAACGAAAUAUUGUUCUUGGCGCCAUCGAGCCAUAUCUCAGAGUUGUACGAAAGCUCAUCCUCACCUACACUCUGGAGCCCGCCGGGUCUCAUGGAGUGUGGGGUCUCGAUGAUCAUUCAUUCCAGCCUUACAUAUACGGCUCAGCACAACUCACGCGGCCAAUUACUGAUUCCGAGGAGAUGCCAGUAGAGGGCUCACGUUUUGGAGCUCCAAGACUAGAUUCCGUAUCCAAGGCUGAGAAGGUCCAAGACUACAGAGAAACCAACAUGUACUUCUCUGCUGUCGGCUUCAUAUAUGACGUAAAGACAGGUCUUUUUGGAGAACACAGCUCCGUCCUACAUUCUCUCUCUCAAGUCAAAUUGGGUUGGGGUAAGAUCAACUCGGGAAUGCUCAAAAUGUUCAACGGCGAGGUACUAUCGAAAUUCCCAGUUGUACAACACCUCCCUUUUGGAUCCCUCAUCUCAUGGGAGCGAGACCCUAAUGCCAAGGAGCCUCACCAGUCAGUUCAUAUGGUGAACCAACCUAUUGCAGCCGCUGCUCUGAAGUCCAACAGCCCUGCUCCAGGACCUGGCACAGCGGCUCCUUGGGCGAAACCUGGAAACAUGCCACCACCAAUGCAAGCGCCAUGGGCCGCAGGCCAACCUACAGCGCGGGCAUAUCCAACGCAGCCGACGCCUCCAGGUGCGACCACAAGGGCGCCGACCGGUGUUCAGCCCCCAGCAAGACCAACUGUGCCGCAGGCUGGAUCAACAGAUGCACAUAUCACCGUCACCAAGGCGCCAUGGGCAAAAGACUGA